AUGAACGCAACUAUCGAGACUCCCUCUAAUCCGUACUGGCCGCUGGACGCCGCCCUCCCGGUCUAUGUCGCCAACACGAUAGAUUCUCGCACUCUUGUGGGCACGUUCGUAGCUGUUGCAAUUGGCAUUUUUGCAGUUACGCUCCUGUUCAUCCAGUCUGCGCGCCGGACGUUGUCCAAGGGAGAGGUGUUUGCGACGAUGUGGUUUGCGAUUUGCGGAUGCAUCCAUACCUUCUUCGAGGGCUACUACGUCUACAACUUCCUUGACAUCUCCAGCAGAUCUCAUCUCUUCGCUCAAUUGUGGAAGGAAUACGCCCUCUCAGACUCUCGCUACCUGACUCAGGACUCAUUCAUGGUCCCUAUGGAGGGCAUCACCGCCACCCUCUGGGGCCCCAUGUCAUUCUUCUGCGCCUGGGCUAUCGUAACACAGCACCCUCUGCGCCACCCAUUCCAGCUCAUCAUCAGCGUUGGACAGAUUUACGGUGUCAUUCUCUACUUCGCGACAUGCCACUUCGACGAGAUCGUGCACAACAUCGUGUACUGUCGCCCUGAGCAGUUCUACUUCUGGAUGUACUACGUGUUCUGCAACGCGAUCUGGGUUUUCAUCCCUUCUGCGCUGGUCGUGCAGAGCGUCAAGGCCACGGAGGGUGCUUUUGCGAAGGUGCAGGCUGCCGAGAAGACGAAGAAGGCUCUGUAA